AUAGCCGAUAGCAAAAGGGAUCAGUUCAGUUGAAAGACGCAAUGGGUACUGGUGGGGCGGGUUCAGCGAGAAGUGGUUUCGUGAGUGAGAGUCAAACAUCAGGAGCGAUACUCUGCCCCCUGUCCCCUAGCAUACAGACAGGUGCACCAACGUCGCCAUCAUGAGUGUCCGCGCCCAUUCUUGCUGCAGGAUGCCCUCGAGCGGGCUGCCCCUGGGGAAAAGUGCUUAACCCAGUACCUGCUGGCAGAGGGGCCGGCGCAGUCCACCAUGGCCUCCCCAAUGCCGAGCGGCUCCCGUGGCUGCUCAGCCGCCGCGGCCGCUUCAGAUGGGCGGGAGCAGUGGCAGGUGUACACCAUUCCAGGAAGGAAGAGGUGUGUCAGCAUAAUCUUUCGGAGGUCCGCCGCCGAUCCCAGAAAUCCGCGCGGACCUACAGUUUUUUACGUUUGUCUCCCCUUCUUUCCACGAACCGUCGAGCGUAAGCAUACAUUCCUCCACAUAGUGGAAGAGGUCGAGGUGCGCUGGCGGCGGGAGAGGCUGCCGCGCUCCAGGUCGGCUCCGGCCGCUUUGGAUGCCGACCGCCCAGAGCCUGCUCAGCAGGAAGCGCAGCGCUCCAAGUCGCAGCGCAGGAGGCAGCAGAGGAUUGCGGGGAAGAAGAGGACCCGGGCGCGGUGAAGCCUGGGCGGGCGCCAGCGCGCCGCCGCUCUGAGCGCGCCCCUUGUCCCCUAUCUCCCUUUGCUCCGCUGCUCCCUCGGCUGCCGCUGUUCCUCUUCUCCAUCCUCGAAGUUUUAAAGCUGGUGGCCGGCCAGGCCCCGGUGGGUCCGAAGCGGUCUCUGAGACUCACGCCGGGAGACCACACGAACUUUUUCAAGCUGCUAUCCUCGCCGCUGCUUCCUCCAUCUCCGUCGCCCUGCCCCUCGGGCGGGGCGAGGAGGCGCCGAGGGCUUCUGCAGAUCAUCGGGGUUGCCGAGGGCUGCGCUGGCCCAGGGUUCCAGCGCAGCCUCGGUCCAGAGCGAAGGUUGGGACAUAGUUUCGAGGAGGCAGUGUCUGCCCUGCAGUCCUCUGCCGUACUCCUGCACUUGGUCACUUGCCGCAGACUGCUGCGUCGCCAGGCGACCCCAUACCGUGAGCGGGCGGAACAGC